GACGGGAGGUUUGCCCACCCUGACCAGUGAUGCACCGGCAAGUGAGGGGGUGAUUGUUUUUACUUGUUAUUUCUUUACUUUGAAUUAUGCAGAAUCUAAUCAGGUGUUCAAGACGGCAUUAUGUAGCGCCUGGUCGGAUAUUUAAUUGUAAAAAUGUUUAUCAGCCGACGGAGAAGAUAGCUUUUGGGAUUAAACAUUUAAGUUUCGCGUGUGGCAACGGCGCGCAUAGGUUAUUUCUUCCUGUAUCUCAUCAUGCCUAUAAGAAAAUUCGCAAAGAAUUUCAUGCUGUACAGUCUGCAUUGUUGCACAGCGACAUAAGCAAAUUUAGCUUCCAUCCGAGAUAUGACAAUAUCAGAUACUUUAAUACAACAUGCAGUAAUCCCAAUAAGCAGUCGUCGCAGGAAUCGGGCUCUGACGAUUCCGACAAGAAACCGAAUAAAAAUGAAGAAAUUAACUUACUUUUGCGCAAGUUGUCCAUGCUGCUUGUACUAGUAUAUAUUCUUCUGGUUGGGCUCCGAAGUCAGAUGAACACGUCAAAUUCAGAAUUUUCAAUUUCUGUCUCAUGGAAUGAAUUUGUGUACGACAUGUUGAGCAAAGGAGAGGUACAGGCAAUUGUUAUAAACCCAUCUUUCGACCAUGUUGUAAUUGUUGUACACGAUGGAGCCAUUAUUAAAGGUAGACGAGCCGCACGCAGGAAAUACAUCAUGUCUGUACCAAACAUUGAAAAUUUUGAGGAGAAAUUGAGGAAAGUGGAGAAAAGUCUUGGCAUAAAACCAGGCCAGGAGGUGCAAAUUAUUUAUGAAAGAAAAUCAGAGUAUAUAGCAGGCGCCACACAAUUAUUACUUAUCAUGUUAAUCGCUAUCACUGCCUAUGCCUUCUUGCGGAAACGGUUCUCUUUCAAGCCGUUCGAGAUUAUAUCUCAGAUGAAACAAGCGAAAUUCACGUUGGUUGAACCGUUCGUGGAUAAGGGUAAAGGUGUACGCUUCGCGGAUGUGGCUGGAUUGAAAGAAGCUAAGAUAGAAGUAAUGGAAUUCGUUGAUUAUCUUAAGCAGCCAGAGCGUUACAAGGCGCUUGGCGCCAAGGUACCACAAGGAGCUUUGCUCUUGGGACCUCCCGGUUGCGGCAAAACGUUGUUAGCUAAAGCAGUGGCAACUGAGGCAAACGUUCCCUUCUUGUCGAUGAACGGUUCCGAAUUUAUUGAGGUAUUUGGUGGUUUAGGUGCCGCUCGAGUUAGGGACUUGUUUAAAGAAGCCAAAAAGAGAGCACCGAGCAUCGUGUACAUCGACGAGAUUGAUGCAAUUGGCAAGAAACGUUCAGAAAGCUCGGCCGGUUUGACUAACAGCGAAUCUGAACGAACGUUGAAUCAACUUUUAGUAGAGAUGGAUGGAAUGAUAUCGAAAGAAGACGUUAUUAUACUAGCCUCAACAAAUAGGGCAGACAUGUUGGACAAGGCUUUGUUAAGACCGGGCAGAUUCGAUAGGCACAUUUUAAUUGAUCUUCCGACGUUAGAAGAGAGACAGCAAAUCUUCGACACUCACCUGAAGAAAAUAGCUUUGGAGAAUGAACCUUCGAAGUAUUCCGAAUACCUAGCUUACCUUACUCCUGGUUUUAGCGGUGCUGACAUAGCGAAUGUCUGCAACGAGGCAGCUUUACAUGCCGCGAGGGAUAAAAAGAAGCAAGUAGACGGUGACGAUCUUCUCUACGCGAUCGACAGAACGAUCGGUGGUUUGGUGAAGAGAAACAACCCGUUGACACCGUCGACGAAGCGCGUUGUCGCUUACCACGAAGCCGGCCAUGCGCUGGUGGGCUGGUUGCUGGAGCACACCGACGCCUUGCUCAAAGUAACGAUAGUGCCACGGACCAACUUGAGCCUGGGAUUCGCGCAGUACACCCAAUCCGACCAGAAGCUGCACAGCCAAGAGCAACUCUCCGAGCAGAUAUGUAUGAUGCUGGGCGGCCGAGUCGCGGAGUACAUAACGUUCGGUAAAAUCUCGACGGGCGCCCAAAAUGACUUGGAAAAGGUUACAAAGACGGCGUAUCAUCAAGUUCAGCAAUUUGGAAUGAGUCCGGCUGUAGGUUUAGUUUCCUUCCAUGAAGAAGUCACCGACACGACAAGUAAAAAACCGUAUAGUAAAAAAUUAGCUAAUCUGAUGGAUGCUGAAGUUAGAAGAAUAAUAGCAGAAGCGUACGAACGAACUCGGCAGUUACUGUCGAGUAACAAAGAGAAGUUAGAUAAGCUUGCAACAGCUUUAUUAGAAAGGGAAACAUUGACAUACGAGGAUGUGGAAAAAUUAAUCGGACCUCCACCGUUCGGGAAGAAGAGGCUUGUCGAGCCGGCAGAAUUUGAAAAAUCCGAUGCACCUAGAGAAUCCCCAUCGAUAGAUGGUGCAAACAUAUAGCAAAACGUCUAUUUUUUGUAGAUAUUUAUAUAUUGUGUAAAAAAAUCCAGAAUAAGAUCAAAUGCAUUGAAAAUAUCAAUUAAAUUAUUACGCAUAGUUUGUAAAGUGGGCUUUUCCUCGCCACUUUCAUUCUGUGUUCACAAUAUGCUGUGUAUCAUACACAGUGACGUUUCGCAAUGUAAGUGUAAAUAAUUGAAAUAAAUAAAAUUAUACACGCA